CUCACAUCCUGUGUAGAUUGUUUGUACUUUGUACCCUGACACAAAUAUAGAAAGAUGCACCACGUGUUUGAGUGUUCCAAAUGAAGAGCAAUGGAAGGAUAGAGAAGUAAAAGGAACCUUUUCUCCCCGAAUAUGCUUCCCACCCAGAUGUUGGGGCCAGAUUACACAGUAAAUCCUAAAUCCCCCUAUUUUUUAGCCUCCAUAUUUGAACCCUGUCUUUGUCAACCCCACACACAACACUCCAACCUUUUUUUGUUCUUUUUUUUUCCUUCCUCUUUUACCUUCUCUGUUUCUUUUCCAAUCACUCUCAAUUAGAACAAAUAAUUACUUUAAUUUUAGGUCACCCCAUAAUAAAUUCUUCUUCUCCUUCAUCCUCCUUCUUUCAACGUUGACCUGAGGGAAACACAACACAAUCCCUUGGCCAUAGGGGGAAAGAAGAAAACAAGAAAGACAGAAAGAGCCACAAAAAUCAAUAUCACCACCAAUCAUCAUCUUGUUGGAAUCCAAUCCAAUUCAAUUCAAUAUCACACGGACCAAUAUUGGAAAUUUUUUACUGGUUUUUGAGUGACCAAUUAUGGGGAAGCCAACAGGGAAAAAGAAAGAUCAUGAAAGUCCCAAGGCAAAAGAUGCUAAGGUUCCUGCUACUACCAAGACUAUGGACCGUAGCGCCUCAAAGGCCCUUGAUGAUGACACUGCCAUGUUCAUCAACAUGGCACAAGAGCUCAAGGAAGAAGGCAACAGGCUAUAUCAGAAGAAGGAUCAUGAAGCUGCCAUGUUGAAGUUUGAGAAGGCUUUGAAGCUCCUACCGAAGAAUCACAUUGAUGCUGCACACCUUCACACAAGUAUGGCCGUCUGUUACAUGCAAAUGGGACUAGGGGAGUACCCUCAUGCCAUCAACGAAUGCAAUAUGGCGUUAGAAGUCUCGCCUAGAUAUAGCAGGGCUCUGUUGAAGAGGGCAAAGUGCUAUGCGGCCUUGAAUCGGUUGGAUUUGGCGAUGAGGGAUGUUAGGAUUGUUUUGAAUUGGGAGCCUAAUAACCUUACAGCAUUGGAGAUCCAGGAUAGUCUGAGAAUUACAAUGGAAGAAAAGGGUAUCACUAUAGAUGAGACUGAGAUUGCUUUGGCUACAAUUGCAGAGCCUCCAGGUGCCCGGUUGCGAAAAGUGGUGAGGGAGAAGCUAAAGAAGAAGAAAGGUCAUCACCAGAAAAGUGACGAGAAGAUGGAGGAGGAUAAGGAGGUUGUGCACAAGGAGGUG